AAGCAGUGGAGCAUCUUAUGAGAAGAGUAGAGGCGCUAGAUUCAAGAGUUAAUGACAAUAUACAUAAAACUGACGCCAUUAUAUCCAAACUGAGUAACUUAGAUUUUAAACUUUUCAGUCACAUUGUUCCAGGUGAUGAACAGAGUGUUACAGACAAUAUAAAUAGCAGAAAGAACGAUAAUAAAAUUAAUAGUGCUAACAUGCUUGAUAAAAAGCUGGAGUCCUUGGAUCAAAAAGUUUCAGACAUUGAUACAAAAUUAGUUGGAUUAAAAACACAAAUAGAUAAUAACUUCUUGCCUGUUGAUGAUAUUAAUGCAGAGGCAAGUGAAAAGAAGCCGAUUAAUCUCAACGUUAUCGAAAUAGCAAAAGGUCUUAACACAGAAGUAAUAAAUGAAAUAACAAAAGAAGUAGAUCAACUACGCACUUCAAUGUCAACAGUAGACCGAAAAUUACAAUUCCACAUUAAUCUUGUCUCUGAAAACUUAGGAAAAGUGCUGUAUAUGAUGGCUGACGUCCACGCAGCUAUAGUGGAACCUGAAUCCGCUUCCAUUAAUGUUAACAACAUUUUUAAAAAUCGUACAGUUACGAGUACACAGUCUCCAGUGCAGAAAGCUAGCAAAAUUGAUACAUUAGUCAAUAAAAUUAUUCCUAUGAUGAGUGUUUCGGAGAAAAUGGAUGAAGUAUGGGAUGUGGUGGUCGGAACAAAGAGCUCGGUUGACGAUUUAGUCCCGAAGUCGGAUGAACUCUUAACCCAAACACAACGACAAGAGCGCGCUAUUGGCCAAAUCCAUAAUGACUUACGUUUAAAAACAAAUCUAAUUAUUGAAAAUCUUGAUAUUGUGGAAAAAAGGCUAAAGAAACAGGAAGAUGAUGUAGCUACAUUAGCACAGCGGCCAGUGCCUGCUGAAUUACUGCUGGAUCCUACUAUCGACAGGCUGGUGGAGUAUGCGCCAAACAGAUAUAGAGUGGACGAGCCCUCUACUGAUCCUACUACUAGUACAAUUCCGAUGACCACUCCUCCGUCGUAUCUAAUUAACAACAGCCGUUUUACGAAGUCUAAUCGUCAUCUGAUAUACAGCCCGACAAUUUCGAGCAACUCCAGUUCAAGUCCGACGGGUGCGACUGUAACUGUGACCCCGGCAAGUACUGGCAGCGUCGGCAACAGUUCUGGCCCCACUAGUCCUCGCCCCACGAGCCGCAAGGGUGGCAUCAUCUUUCCCAGCGUCAAAAACAAGCCCAUCAUCGGCAACAACACGUUCGCUUCGGAGAUCGUCGCGAACUACAAGGACGUCAAAGGCUAUUCGUGCGUGGACCUUCUAAACGCUGGUAUGCGAGAGUCGGGCGUUUACUACCUGCAGAUACGAGGCACUACGUACUGGUUCCUUAAAGUGUACUGUGAACAGAAUGUUGCCGACGGCGGAUGGACGGUUAUCCACCGACGUGAUGAUUAUGGUAUCCCAGCAGAAAAUUUCAACCGGGAUUGGGGUGACUACAAAAAUGGAUUUGGUGAUCCUAGCAAAGAGUUCUGGUUAGGCAAUGAAAAUAUUUACAUGCUGACAAACAAUGACGAUUAUAUGCUUAGGGUGGAAUUAGAAGACUUUGACGGUAACAAGAGGUAUGCUCAAUAUUCGCACUUCAAGAUAUACUCUGAAGCGGAAUACUACAAACUGGAGAUCGAAGGCUACGAGGGAAAUGCCGGCGAUUCUCUGAACGACCCCUGGUACGGGUCAAACAACAGCCCCUUCUCUACAUACAACAGAGAUAACGACCGGUCGUCACUUAACUGCGCGUCCAUGCUGAAAGGCGGAUGGUGGUGGAAGUCAUGCGGACGCGGCCUCAACGGCCUCUACCUGCAUGACCCACAGGACCUCACAGCGAGACAAGGCAUCGUUUGGUUCCGCUGGCGAGGCUGGGACUACACGCUCAAGCGAGCAUCCAUGAUGAUCAAGCCCAAAGGCUUGCAACCAAACACAUGA